CCAUUAUAGUUGCUGCCGCGUUAAACUUCAGUCGUUUCUGUGUCAUUUAUCAAUGUUUGUCACACCGGGAAACCCCUAUACCAUUUAUUCCCCCGUUUUUGCCCUUUAAACCAUUUAAAUGCGUACGAAAUAGGAACUUUAUUUCACAGUGCCGAUGGAAACCUGGUAUUCCUUGUCGUAAGCAAGUGACUGUAAAAGUGAAUAUAUAGCAGUUACCACGUCGUCCCGUGUAUCGCUUAGUUAUCUGUCCGCACUGCGGUUUCACGCACUGCUGUUCAAACGCUGGUGGCAUGGAGUGGGGAGCUGGUAAACCGGCUCAGUCGUGAUCCUGAACUUGAAGCCUGUCGUUGGAAAACUGACCCCACAGUGGACCCCUGAAGCAGCGGCCGGUCUCACUGCGAAUGCGCCCCAGGGCCCAGCCCGCUGGAGGCCGGCACCUCCCAGGCUCUUAGCGGGCAGGGUGUUGGGGGGCGGGGCGUGUGCUUGCGGGAGUGGGUCACGCCGCACGUCCUUCUCGCCCAGGACUGACCGUCGCACGGAUGCUGGACGCCGCCUCACGUCUCGGACGGCCGUCGGGGAUGGCGGCCGGGGGAAGGGGGGCGACUUCAAGCGCCCGCUGGUCCUUCGCGACACUCGCCCUCCUGUAUUUACUGAAUCAAGUACACGGCCAGAGAAGGGGCUCUCCCCGUGACUUGAAGUGUGUAACCAACAAUUUACAAGCGUGGGACUGUUCUUGGAAAGCACCCUCAGGAGCAGGCCGCGGGGCUCUUUACAGCAUUUGCUUCGAUAGCAGGUUCCAUUCUUGUUAUCGAUUGGGGAAAACUACUAAAAUCCCACCUCUUACACCUGGUGAUUAUGAAAUAACGAUAAACUCUGUACCUGAUUUUGGAAGUUCUAUAAGUAAAUUCAUACUGAAUGAAAAAAAUGUGUCCUUCAUUCCAGACGCUCCGGAGAUCUUGAGUUUGUCUGCUGAUUUCCCAACUUCCACGUUACACCUGAAGUGGAAGGACAGGGGCUCCGUUUUUCCACAUCACUUAAAUGUCAUCUGGGAGAUUAAAAUUCUCCGUAAAGAGAAUAUGGAAGUCGUGAAAUUGGAGACCUUCAGCACCACUCUGAAUGGAGAGGAUACAGUUCACCACUGGAGCUGGGCCUCAGACAUGCCCCUGGAGUGUGCCACUCACUCCGUAGGAAUUCGAUGUUACGUCGAUGAUCCUCAUUUCUCUGGUCGCAAAGAGUGGAGUGACUGGAGCCCCCUGAAGAACGUUUCCUGGUCUGCUCGUUCUCAGAGUAAGGUUUUUCCUCAGGACAAAGUGAUACUCGUGGGCUCAGAUAUCACAUUUUGUUGUGUGACUCAAGAAAAAGUGUCAUCGGCGCAGAUCGGCUACACAAAGUGCCCCCUUGUGCAUCUCGACGGGGAGAACGUGGCAAUCCACAUCCACAACAUUUCUGUUUCUGAGAACAGUGGGACAAACGUGGUUUUCACAACAAAGGAGAACAUUUAUGGGACAGUUAUUUUUGCAGGAUAUCCACCUGAUAUUCCUCAGAAACUGAACUGUGAGACUUACGAUUUAAAAGAGAUCAUCUGCACUUGGGAGCCAGGAAGGCCGACGGCGCUGGUGGGCCCACGCGGCACCAGUUACACGCUGUUUGAAAGUUUUUCAGGAGAAUAUGUUAAAUUUAAAAGAGUCGAAGUGCCUGUAAAUGACAGCUAUCAGCUAUUCUUCCAAAUGCAUCCAAAUCAAGAAAUGUAUAAUUUUACUUUGAAUGCUCGCAACCCUCUGGGUCACUCAGAAUCGACAACAUUAAUUAAUGUGACUGAGAAAGUUUAUCCCCAUACUCCUACUUCGAUCAGAGUGAAGGAUAUUAAUUCAACAGCUGUUACACUUUCCUGGCAUUUGCCAGGCAGCUUUGCAAAGAUUAAUCUGCUGUGUCAAGUUGAAAUUAACAAAGCUAAUUCAGUGCAAGAAUUGCGGAAUGUCACAGUCAAAGGAGUGGACAACUCAAAUUAUCUCAUUGCUGUGGACAAGUUAAAUCCAUAUACUGUGUAUACCUUUCGGAUUCGUUGUUCUAGUGAAACUUUCUGGAAGUGGAGCAAAUGGAGCAACCAAAAACAAUAUUUAACCACAGAGGCCAUUCCUUCAAAGGGACCAGAUACUUGGAGAGAGUGGCGUUCUGAUGGGAAAAAUCUAAUAAUAUAUUGGAAGCCUUUGCCCGUUAACGAAGCUAAUGGAAAAAUACUCUUCUAUAACGUGUCGUGUUCGUCGGACGAGAAAACUCAGUCCCUUUCCGAGAUCCCCGAUCCUCAGCACAAGGCGGAAAUACAGCUCGACAAAAAUGACUACAUCAUCAGCGUGGUGGCCAAGAACUCGGCGGGCGCCUCGCCACCGUCCAGAAUAGCCAGCAUGGAAAUCCCAAACGAUGAUCUGAAAAUCGAGCAGACGGUCGGGAUGGGAAAUGGGAUCCUCCUCACGUGGAACCACGACCCCAACAUGACUUGCGACUACGUCGUUAAGUGGUGCAACUCUUCUCAGCCAGAGCCCUGCCUGAUGGACUGGAAGAAGGUCCCUGCGAACAGCACCGAGACCCUCAUAGAGUCCGAUCAGUUUCGCCCCGGCGUGAGGUACAACUUCUUCCUGUACGGGUGCAGAAACCAAGGCUAUCAGUUGCUGCGCUCUGUGAUCGGAUACACGGAAGAGCUGGCUCCCAUCGUCGCUCCCAAUUUUACCGUUGAGGAUACGUCUGCAGACUCGAUACUAGUGAAAUGGGAAGAUAUUCCUGCGGAAGAGCUUAGGGGCUUUCUACGGGGAUACUUAUUCUACUUUGAAAAAGGAGAGAGAGACACAUCGAAGAUGAGGGGUUUGGAACCAGGUCGUUCCGACGUCAAGGUUAAGAACAUCACGGACAUAUCCCAGAAGACACUGAGAAUCGCUGAUCUUCAGGGUAAAACAAGUUACCACCUGGUGUUGCGGGCCUACACGAAUGGCGGAUUGGGCCCCGAGAAGAGCAUGUUUGUGGUGACCAAGGAAAACUCCGUGGGACUGAUAAUCGCCAUUCUCAUCCCGGUGGCGGUGGCUGUCAUCGUUGGAGUGGUGACAAGUAUCCUUUGUUACCGGAAGCGAGAAUGGGUAAAGGAAACCUUCUACCCGGACAUCCCCAAUCCCGAGAACUGCAAAGCCCUGCAGUUCCAGAAGAGCACCUGUGAGGGAAACAGCGCUCUUAAAACACUGGAAAUGAAUCCUUGUACCCCAAAUAACGUGGAGGUUCUGGAGACUCGGGCAGCGGGUCCUAAAAUAGAGGACACGCAGAUCAUUUCCCCGGUGGCCGAGCGUCCGCAGGAGCGCGCCGAGGCCGAGCCCGAGAACCACGUGGUCGUGUCCUACUGCCCCCCCGUCAUCGAGGAAGAAAUAGCGAACCCAGGGGCGGAUGAAGCCGGGGGCACCUCGCAGGUCGUUUACAUCGACGUGCAGUCCAUGUACCAGCCGCAGGCCAAGCCGGAGGAGGACCCGGAGGCCGAGGCCGCGCCGGGCGCCGGCUACAAGCCGCAGAUGCGCCUCCCCGUGGCGGCCGCCGUGGAGGAGGCAGCCGAGGAGGGCGACCUGGGUAAGGCCGCGGGGUACAGACCGCAGGCCACUGUGAACACCUGGACCUUGGUGUCCCCAGACUCCCCCCGCUCCACGGACAGCAACAGCGAGGUGGUGUCCUUCGGAAGCCCUUGCUCCAUCAACUCCCGGCAGUUUUUGAUUCCGCCUAAGGAUGAAGACUCUCCGAAAUCUGACGGGGGAGGGUGGUCCUUCACAAACUUUUUCCAGAACAAACCAAACGAUUAACGGUGUCCCCUCCGUCCGCCAUCUCGAUAAGCUCCCGUCGCCAGCGUUGCCGCGUGGGCGCCGGGCACGUGGGGGGACCCUGGGGAGCGCUGUCUGCGGGGUGGACUUCACUGUGUGCAAGUCCCGCUGCGCGUGUCCGUGUGCUUUCCGUGUAGCCUAGAGCCAAAGCACAGGGACACUGAUUCAGCCCACGCCACUCGCGACUGGGAGCCACUUGUGAUUCGAGCCACAGCGCCCUCCCGGGCCCUGCCCUUGGGAAGCUCUUCUGGCCUAA